AUGACGCCGAGGUGUUACCCUACACAUGAAAAUUGCACUCAUAAUUAUUCAUAUUUUUUUUUCUGCAAUAGUGCCUGGUCCAUCUUGCUGGAUCGCUCCCAAACUCGGCUACAGAUAGUUUUGCUCUCCCCUGCAUUAUUUAUCGCAGUAGAAGAUGAUGCUAUGGAAAGACAGAAACUAAUAGAGGCUGUGCCAGACUCUGUUACGCCACUUAUUAUUUAUGAAGAAACAACAGAUAUCUGGAUAAAUAUCCAUGAUAUCUUCCAUGUUUUCUCUCAAACCCGCCAAGACGAGAUAGAGUUUAUUUUCGCCUCUGAAUGUCAAACGGGGUUCCGGCACCUGUACAAAAUCAUCUCAGUUUUGAAGGAGAGCAGAUACAAGCGAUCAUGUGGAGGUCUCCCUACUCCAAGUGACUUCAAAUGUCCCAUCAAAGAGGAAUUAGCAAUUACCAGUGGAGAAUGGGAAGUACUUGGUAGACAUGGUUCCAGCAUCCACGUGGACGAAGCAAAAAAACUGGUGUAUUUUGAAGGCACAAAGGAUUCCCCUUUAGAGCAUCACCUGUAUGUCGUUAGCUACAAGAAUCCUGGAGAGGUGAAGCGACUGACGGACCGUAGUUACUCUCACGCCUGCUCCAUUAGUCAGGACUGUGACAUGUUCAUCAGUAAAUUCAGUAACCAGAAGAACCCGCACUGUGUGUCACUGUACAGGCUGACUGGUUCUGAAGAUGAUGUUGCUCACAGAAAGAAGGAAUUCUGGGCCACGAUUCUAGAUUCGGCAGGUCCUCUUCCUGACUAUGUUCCCCCGGAAAUCUUCUCCUUUGAGAGUUCCUCAGGCUUUACGCUGUAUGGCAUGAUGUACAAACCUCACCAUCUACAACUUGGGAAGAAAUACCCCACGGUGCUCUUCAUAUAUGGAGGGCCGCAGGUGCAGCUGGUGAACAAUCGGUUUAAAGGAAUCAAGUAUUUUCGCUUGAACACGCUGGCCUCGCUGGGUUACGUAGUUGUUGUAAUUGACAACAGGGGAUCCUGCCACCGAGGGCUUAAGUUUGAAGGUGCCUUUAAAUACAAAAUGGGUCAAAUAGAAAUUGAUGACCAAGUGGAAGGGCUGCAGUAUUUAGCAUCCCAGUAUGACUUUAUUGAUUUAGACCGAGUUGGCAUUCAUGGCUGGUCCUAUGGAGGAUACCUGUCUCUGAUGGCAUUAAUGCAGAGAUCUGAUCUCUUCAGGGUUGCCAUUGCUGGAGCCCCAGUCACACUGUGGAUAUUCUAUGACACAGGCUACACAGAGCGUUAUAUGGGACACCCUGAUCACAACGAGCAGGGAUAUUAUCUAGGAUCAGUGGCCAUGCAAGCGGAGAAGUUUCCUUCAGAACCACACCGUUUGUUGCUGCUGCAUGGUUUCUUGGAUGAGAAUGUUCACUUUGCACACACAAGUAUAUUAUUGAGUUUUCUAGUGAGGGCUGGAAAACCAUAUGAUUUACAGAUUUACCCUCAGGAGAGACACAGUAUAAGGGUCCCUGAGUCUGGAGAACAUUAUGAACUCCAUCUGCUGCAUUAUCUGCAAGAGAAUCUUGGCUCCCACAUUGCUGCACUGAAGGCAAUGUAACUGACCUCAGUGGAACUCUGAUACACUGGCUGUUUAACCAAACGAGGAAAUUGAUCUUUAGAGAAAAUAGAACAGAAUAUUGCAUUUUGGUGCCUGCCACAUAUGCACGCACUCACACACCCAUAUGCGUACCCACACACAGACACUUUUUUUUUUUUAAAGUAAACUAGGUGCCAUACAAGGAAACUAUAGUACAAUGGCCUAAUAAUUUAAAAAUGGAAAUAAAAUCAAAUGUCUGCGGCAUGCAGCAGUACCAUGCAAAUUCUUUGGGGAAGAAGCUGAAAAUUCGGUAACACAUUUCCACAAUACCAUAUCUUCACCAUCUGAAAACAUUGAGCUGUACGAGUCUAAUUGGUGUGUUUUGUUUUUUUUUAUAGUGUGUUUCUCAGUUUCUUACAACAAGGUAAUAUUGGAUGAUUCACUCACAUCAUGGCAAAAAUCUGGCUGGAUGGUUACAACUUUGAUACCAUUUUAAAAUGUAAUGUGUAAUAGUUUGUUUCGUGCAAGGGAUGUCCAGCUCAUUAGGAAUUAGUUGCAUAUUAGACACAUUAUAUUACCAGAUGUUGGGGAUAAUUAUUUUUAAAAAGAAACACUUUUACUGCCUCCUGAAGAAGUUUAUAAUUUGGUUUUAACUAAGAUCAGACCAGUUUUUUCAGUGAGCUCAUCUCAGUGUAGUACAAAUCUUGCUGUUUUUUUCUUUUGUAGUGUGAUAAACAGCUUGUACCUGAUUUCAAACAGGGAGGUGAAAAAUGUAUUUCAAUACAUGUAAUUCAAUACAUUCAAUAACAUGGGCAGAAAAAUUAGCUUUGGGUAUGCUGAGAAACAAGCUAGUUUUAAGCCAAACAGCUGAAACUUUGUAUACUUCUCAUAUUUUAACAAAACAGCCUAUUCCCAUGGACUUUCACACAAUGUGCAUUUUGGGGCUGUUUUCAAAAUACUUUCCUAUUUCAGCAGGUGGGUGUAUAAAUAUUCCCCCACUAAGAUUUUAAAAUUCCAACACCCAAGUUCAAGUGUCCACUGGGUAGUUGGUAAGAUGGGGGCCUAUCAACACUACAUUGAAGCAAUGCAAAUUGUGUUUUAUUAAAUUUUUUUGUUGUCAUUAUUCUAGCAUUAUUCUCAGAUCAGUGUUGAGAACGUUUAUUGUCCUAGUCACCCUGCUCCCGUAUAUAUAGAUAGACUCCAUCACCCCUUGAGUCAUCUCUAGCACUGCAGUGUAGCAUGAUCAUAUGCUGUCCUCUGAGAGAAACCCUUGUCCAUGUUGCUUAAGGUAAUUGCUGGAAGCUAGCACCCUGCAAUAUAAAAUCACAUUAAAGCAUGAUUUUCUUUGCUAGUGUGGUUUUGGACUUUGGCUAAAAAAUGUGAAGUGUUUGAAAAUACCUUUAAAUUUCAAAAUGUUGUUUAAACUAGAACUCCAUAGUCAAAUUAUUACUUUUAAACCAGAAAACUCUGCCUGGGGUUUCUGUGUUAACUUCCCAUAAUUUUUAGGUACUUUCCUUUAAAAAGCCAAGAACUUUUUCCCUUCUAUUUUGAUGCUACAGAGAGAGAAGCAGAGCAUGAUUCUCUUUUCAUCUUUUGAAAACUUGGAUGCCCUGUGGCUUGUGUUCCUACUCGAAAUAUUGUAGCAGUGUGCUUUAAUAACUUUUUUAGGUGUAUGAAUGAUCAGCAGACCCUAGAACUCUAACAUUUAAAACAAUAGGACCUGACCUUGAUAUUUGUGACACUAGUAUUAAUUGGGAAUAACUCCACUGGAGUCAGUGGAAUCACCUGGAUAUAAGAGCUGUGUAAGAGACAGCAGAAUCGGGUCCACUGGCUUAUGCUAAAGGUAAUCAAAGCAAACACACUUCCUGUAAGCAUAUACCGUUUUUUUCCAGAUCUCUCACAAUUAUUUUGAAUUGGACUGAUGAUAUUUUAAGUUCUGUAAUUUACACCAUCAGCAUAUGGAAAUAGGUUUAUAGGUUUUUAUUUUGGGGGACUGGGGGAAUGUAAGGAGCCCAAUAUCUACACUGUCUUCUCUGUACCAACAAUAGCUAAUUAUAACUGAAGUGAAUUCCCUUCAGAAAAAGCCAGCAUUUUCAGCCAUCCUAUGGCAUGUGCUGUAGUUAGUAUUUACAGACAAGCUGGUACAUUGAUAAACUUGAAGAAUAACAAUGUGCCAGUUAGUAUAAAAACUACAAAUUUGUUACUAUGGUAUCCCACCUGGUUCUUUAUGUAUUUAUGCUGAAGUGUAUAUAUACAUAUAUCUAUGGGUAUGUCUACACCGCAAAAGAAACGCAGGGCAGCAAGUCUAACAGCCCAGGUGAACUGACUCAGGCUUGCACCGCAGGCUAAAAAUAGCAGUGCAGACAUUCAGGCUUUGGACUCAGACUCACAACGCAGGUUCUUUUGUUGCUGUGUAGACAUACCCUGUAUCUGUCCAUAGAUACCUAUAUGUAUAAAAUAACACAUGGAUGGUAUCACAUUUUCCAAGGUUGUUUAUAUUUUGUUCAAUAUUAAAUUAACUGGUGUUUGGGGAUGUAUUUUUGUUCUUCCUCCAGAGAUUAUCUCUUGAAUAUAAAUGUAUAUGAUUCUGAAGUAAAAUUUGAUUCUUUUGUACAAAAUGGUCUCUAUGGAACAGUGCUUGCAGCAAAGAAGGAAUUAAAUGGGAUUCUGGUAAUCAAGUCUAGAUUUUGGUUUAGCACUGAACAUGAUAAAAUUGCUUACAUGUAACUUUUUAAUAAGGCAUUCUCUCUUUAUUUUAAAUAUAUCUUAUAUAUCAGAAAACUCUUAAAGUACCAAGUAUGUACUCUAUUUAUUUUGCAACAUAAAUUAUGGUUUUCUUUUCUACAAAAAUAAUUUCCUUUAUAGCUAUUAGGCACUUUAAAACUCCAUGUUUUCUUUCCUUGGGAAAAUGCUGGAAGGAUUUACUAUCAGUAUUUCAUAGUUCUGUACAAAGGAUGCUUGCCACAUGUAACGGUAAUGAAAAGCAUAUCCUAUAGGGUCUGAUCCGGCUCCCAUUGAAGUUAAUAACCAAACUCCUGUUGAUUUCAAAGGGGCACGAUCAAGUCCACAGGGAAUGAGCACUGCCUUGUGAAAUACCAAAUGUGAGUCCGUCAGUAACUCUUAAAACUGGAGAUGCUGCUCACUAGAUAAGAAUAUUAUAUCCUGAUUGGUCUUGGUGGGAUAAACCACAUCUAAGAUCAGCAAUUCUGCAUCUGUUGCCAACUGUAAGCCAGUCUUCCUAUGCUACAGCAUCAAUCUGGAGUACUGUGUAUGAUGGUAGUGUUACUGCAGCAUUUUGGAUCCUUGGAAUUACCUAAAUCCAAGUCCAAAAAUCUCUGGGUUGGGGAGAUGGCACUUUCACCCAAGAAGAAUUGCCCAUGAUGUUUUACAUUUUGAAUUUAUUUUAAAUUGUUUUUGUUUGUGGACUUACUUUAAAAGUGGCCAAGUGGUAAUGUUACUUUAAAUUUUAAGCAGGGCUAGUGAACUCCCUAGGUAUGAAGUAUGAGAACAGAAUAUUCCAUGGAGGAGAGAUCACCACCUUGCCCCACAAAAUAAAUCCCUAGCUGGGGAUGACUGAGGGGAUGUCUACCCGGGAAUUAAAAAAACACCCGGCUGGCCCAGGUCAGCUGACUUGGGCUCCGUAGCUGAAAAAUUGCUGUGUAGAUGUCAAGCGUCCCAGAGUUUGAUCUCCAGCCUGAGCCCAAAUGUCUACAGAGAUUUUUAGCACUGUGAGCCUGAGCCAAAUGAGCCCACAGUUUGUUUGUUUAUUAUCCCUGUGUAGACAUAUCGAGUUCAGCGGGGUUACUCUCAGCAAUAACCAUUACACCUCGUGGUAUAUGAUAGCAAGAUUUGGCCCAAAGUGUUGAAUGUAAAUCUUUCCUACAGUAGCAGGUAUCUUUGCAUCUUACCACCCAAUCCUGUGUCUACUAAAAUUACACAUUUAACUUUUGCUGAAAAACGAUAGAGCAUUUAUUAAAGGCUGGGUUAUGAAAACUGAGGGACUAGUGGUGUUGAAUAGGGAUGCCAGUAUACAUAUCUUUUGUCUGUUUUCAUUGUUUGGAAUUGUGUUCGGUUUGCUUCAGUGGGGACAGAUUCUAUGGUAUAAUGUUUUGAAGUGCUUUCCAUUAUUUAAGCCAGGAAAUCUUCCUUUUAAUAAAGAAUAGGGGGAAGGCAGGGAACAUUUUAGAUUGGUGCAAGUAAUCUGCUUUUUUUUUCCACAUUUCCAACUAUAUCAUUUGUAUUAAUAUACAUCUUACUCAUUACCUAGAAUUACUUCAUUUUUAUAAACUCGGUUUACUACCCAAUAUUAAUUAAUGAAGCAGUUAAUUCUGAUCAGGAUGUGAAGCUUUGAAAAUAAAGUACUUUAAUUAUACUAAAAUGGAAAAUGUGUUCCCCGCUAAUAGGGGUAUUUGGGAUUAGUGUUAGCAAAGACUUUUUGGAUGGGCUUGACACGUUGAAGGUUUAACUCUUUACAGCUGUGUAUGUGUGUUGUGUUGCAUCUAGCAAAGAAUCCAGCUGUGACAUUAACUGACAAAAUAGGGUCCUGAGACUUAACCUGUCAAAGUAAAAUAAUUGAUUGUGUUUCUUGCUGAUCUGUGUGUUCCCUGUGGAGAGCAAUAUGUUUUGCUGCUAGCAUGACACUGAAUAUUGAGAAGGCAAUAACAAGGUGAGGGAAAAUCAGACAGAUUAGAAAACUGCCUUGAAUUGCCUAUUUACUUGAGUUACCAGACCCCUGUCAAUACAAGUACUGUAUCUUCCGGGGUGCUUUGGGCUGCCCUUACGAAAGGACAGGUCUUUUCGUGGUUUUUACUUUGAUGUUCUGCACAGUAGAAGUUCAGGUGUUUAAUUUUAGAACAUGAAGUGCCUGCUGUUUAAGCGUUGACUUGUAUUAACCAAAUUGCAUGUCUCAUGCCAGUAGGUUUAUGGGUUUCCCUCCAUUUCUAGCUACAUGGCUUUUAAUCAUGUAAAGUGGAAACAUUAGUUUUGCCGCGUUUUAUUACAAAUCCUUUUUGUUGCAAUAAAGAUGCUGCUAAAUAAAUUGAACUAAAUGUUUUUCUGUU